AUAUUUGGUUUUCUAAUUAAAUGUUUGAAUGAAUCUACUGUUUUGGCACCGGGACAGAAGCGAAGGGAAUCAACCGUCUUUAAAAGUAGUUUGUGUCCACACGAGAGGAUAGAUGUUUCCAUAAAUGGGGAGGAGAGAGAGAGGGCGCGAGCGCGUGGGUGUGUGUGGGAAGUAAAAGGCGGUGAAACAGUUUAAGAAAAGUUGUAGCACGUGUUUUGUACGUCUCUCUUAUGGAUUUAUCGCAGUUUUACCACGAUAACCGUUGUUGGGUUAUAUUGCAAUUAACAGUAGAGAGAAAUGGACUUGAUCUUCACAUUAAAAAAUCGUAUUAACUAACAGGAUACCAGUCGAUUUUGUCAUGGCUCUCUUAAUGGAGCUCUGGGAUUGCAACAUGGAAAUGUCUCAUCAUAAUGAAGGUAGGGAAGCGUCUUAUCGUAGGCGUGAAUCCGACAUUACUCCAGCAUGGAUUGACCAGGAUAACGCAUUGGCUGUUCAUAUACAGCAGAAUGUCAUUGAGGGGACAACAUCCAGUCCAAAUAUUGACGUAAUUGCAUCCAGUCCAGAUCUUCAGUGGUUUCUGCAGUCAUCUCUGCUUUCCCAACCAGAAACCACCAUGGGAACGUUUUCCUCAUUCAUACCCACCAGCAUGUCUAACUGUUCCUGUUUUUCACAGUGCUUCAGUCCUAACCAGUGUUGUAUAGGAGCAGUAGGGCAUGGUUCUGUAGGACACACUAAUAUGCACAUGUCCUCAGAGGAGCUUGAAAAGACUAGGAUCCGCAGGGAAAGAAACAGAGUAGCAGCUGCCAGAUGCCGUGACCGUCGCCGUGCGCUUAUAGAUACAUUACAGAAUGAAACAGAUCAUUUGGAACAUGUGAAGGCAAAAUUAGAGGAAGAGAUUGCUGCACUUGAAAGAGAGAGAGAAAGGCUAGAGUUGGUAUUUGAGGCACAUGUGCCCAUCUGCAAGUUGAAAGACCCAAACCCAGAAUAAGCAAUAAUGCUAGUCAUGUUUACUGCUGUGUCUGCUGGUUCAGAGCAGCCCUUUAUAAUGUAACUAAUAGGCUUAUAUAUGCUUAAGAAAGCACAAUGCUAAAAUAUCUUCUCAUGUUACCUUUUGUAUUAUUAUUAUAAUGCAUGCACUGUUAAGUUUACAUGUUAUGAGGAUAAAUCACAGAUUCAAGUGAUGUUUCUUUUUUUUAAAUACAAAUAUCACAUCAGGGGUAACAAAUAUAACCAGGGAGACAUGACCAGUUGACAUUUAUACAUUUCUAUGCUUGUCAGCUCCCCUUAUGGGAAACAAUCAAUACCCAAGCCUUAAUGUGCCACCCACCUUUAACUUUACAUUUUUAACUUACACUUUUUUGUCUUUAUAUAGUCAUAGCGUAUAAAACUUGAACAGAAACACUAAUGCUGCUGCAAUUACAAUGUUAUUACAUUCUCUGUUUUAUUUCAAGGUUGUGGAAAA